GGAAGCAGGAAGUAGUCUGUAUUCCCAGGACCUAGUACCUGCUUGGCUGGGAGAUUUCCAAGGUGGUACCCAGGACCAUCCAGCUGAGAUGGCCUCGUUAACGGAGGAUGUGGAGCAGGAGCUGAGCGCCACAGCCCAGCGAGUGCUGGGGAAACUGUGGAGCCACCAGCUGUUCCAGUCCGAGUGGGACACCGGUGCCUUCAUCAUCUUCCUCGUCUUCCUCGGCGUCGUGGUGCUCCUGCUGCUGGUCGUCUGCAUCCAUUGCUGCUGCUGUGGCUGCUGCCAAAGCCGCUCCUCCAGGUCCCGGAAGAAACACUCCGUGGGAUUUGAUAACCUUGCCCUGGAGCCUUAAUGCGGAGAGUCCUUGCUCCCCUGCCUUUGUCCUGCUGGGCAGCAAUAACAACGCCUUGUUCAGCCAAAGCCUGAGUCUGGAGUGUAUUCUGAGCCUCCCGUCAGGGUGGGCAGUGUA